UCAGGCAAAGAAAAAACAAAUCUCCCAAAUAAAUUUUCAAACGAGAAAAAAAUAAAUGUUUCUCAAUGUUCAUUUCGAUUAAGUUUUUCGAGUUGAAAAGACCGAUAGUUUUCCGGUGUAGUGUGGCAGUAUUGUAAAAUUCAAUUAACCUUUUUAAAGUUUGACAAAACAAAAAACCUUGGCGGUGCGAUCGAAUUUUCUGAAAUAAAUUUUACAAAAAAAAGUUGAUCUUUUCGCCUAAUGUGAAAAUUUAUAGUUUUAAAGUUGAACUGUGGUCCUUCAAUUAAAACAACGAAAGCAAAAUUCAUCCAUAAGUUAACGAAGCAAUGGAGAAAACAAUAAACACAAUAAUUGAAAAACCAACCCGUCCAGUGCGUAAUCGACGCCAUAGUAGACGAGCAUGGCCACCGGAUGACACACAUCGCCCCUUGAAACGACUUUUCACACCCGACAUUAAACGAAUGCUCAAGGACUGGCUGAUACGCCGAAGAGACAAUCCAUACCCCAGCCGAGAUGAAAAGCGAACCCUUGCAAUAGAAACUGGCCUAACUUAUACUCAAAUUUGCAACUGGUUUGCCAACUGGCGACGAAAGCUGAAGAAUUCCAAGCGCGAACGGUCAAAGAAAUCCUGGGGGCACCUGAUAAAGAACUACAAUACAAACGCCAGAGGGAAUGUGGAACAAUUUAGCAUAUCCUCGGCGGAUAGUAUUUGGGAAGAUGAUGGCCACGAAACCGAAAACUCGAUUCUGUUCUCAUCGAGCGAUGAAGACAUGGAAUCCCAUCAAGGAAAUCGCAACAACAACAACUCCAUACACAGUUCAAACAGAAACAUCACAUAUGUUCCGAGCGGAUUUUACCUUGAGGCCCCAUUCAAAUACCCCGCCAAACAACAGUGCUUCCAAAUAAGUUCAACGACUGAGGACUCGCAGCGGUCCGAUAAAUUAAUGUCCACAAAUCCAGCAUUUGCCCCCAGCCCCAAGUACAAGCAACAAAUCAUGGAAAAGUACCUGCGCGAUACAACGACCGAAGAUAAACCAUCAUCACCUUCGGCAGCGACAAGCUGCAGUCCUGAGCUUUCGAAAUGGCUUGAGAGUGCUGCCAAAUUUACACCGAAUAAAAAUAAUUAUUUUAUUGAGUGGAAUGGUAAAAAAUGUAAGGCUGAUAAAAAUAGUUCUAGAGAAGCUAAGAUCCAUCAUGUUUACGAUACAAUCCAUCAGAAGGAUGAAAUCGAUGCGGCUGAAGCUUUAGCAAAUUUGGCAUUUAAUUGCCGUCAAAGAAUGAUGGAGACGAGCCAGCAACGGGUCGCACCAAAUUGUUGAUACUGAGAUGAUAGGGAUAAGAUCAUUCCAGGUCGUGACCAGAGUUAGAAAAAUAUAACGGAUUUACAUGCCUAUAUUAUGUAUAGAUAUAUUUGAUUGGUGCUAAACUUGAUUGUUUAAGGAAAUAUUUUGUGCCGAGUUAAAAUAAAGAAAAUAUAUCUUUUAUUAAAUAAUUUAA